AUGAGCGACGAGAACGCUGGAACAACAACACCUGGAGAUGAUUACGAGCAGAGAAAGAAUCAUCAUCAUUUGCGGAAGAAGAACGAAGAAGAACAAACUUUAAAGGAAGAAGAGGAAGAAUUCAUCCUCGUGGACGUCCCGAAACUCGUCCGAAUGCUCCCCGGGGAAACGCUCACGUUUGAACGUUUAGACACCGAAACGCCUUUACUGAAAACGUCCACGGGGGAAACGUACGAGGGGUAUUACGAACGGACGGUUGGAGAAGCCUUAAUCGUGGAACUGCAACAACCGGCGUUGGAUGCGAAUGCGACGAGCAGUGCUGGUCGUUCGGGGAAGAAGAGGGUGAUUUUGAACGCGAACGGUGAGGAGGAAGAGGAAGAGGAGGACGGCGGCGGCGGCGGCGCGAACGUGAGAGCGGCGACGGAGACGAGGUUGAAGUUUAGGAAGCGCCUUUAG